GAAAGACCCGGAGUCCAACCGGAAGUUACCAUUCACCCCCCGUCCUUCCCUCGAGGCGCUUCCGGAAGUUGCCGAGCGUCGCCGGAAAGAGCCGAACCCUUACGGAACGAGCCGAAGGCGUUCGAGGAGGCUCCGAAGCACCGGAAGGAGCCGGUCCGGAGGCGGAAGGAGCCGGAAGGGCCCCCCCGCCCCGCGCUUCCGGCAGGGGCCGCGGCCCGGCAGGAUGAUCAAACUGUUCUCGCUGAAGCAGCAGAAGAAGGAGGAGGAAUCCGCGGGGGCGAACAAAGGCGGCAGCAAAAAGGCAUCGGCGGCGCAGCUCCGCGUGCAGAAAGAUAUCAACGAGCUGAAUUUGCCAAAGACGUGUGAGAUCGAUUUCUCGGAUCAGGACGAUCUCCUGCACUUCCGGCUGCUCAUCUGCCCCGACGAGGGAUUCUACAAGGGCGGCAAAUUCGUCUUCAGUUUUAAGGUUGGCCAGGGCUACCCCCACGACCCGCCCAAGGUCAAGUGUGAGACGAUGGUUUAUCACCCCAACAUCGACCUGGAGGGCAACGUCUGCCUCAACAUCCUCAGGGAGGACUGGAAGCCCGUCCUGACGAUAAAUUCCAUCAUCUACGGCCUUCAGUACCUCUUCCUGGAGCCGAACCCCGAGGACCCCCUGAACAAGGAGGCGGCUGAGGUCCUGCAGAGCAACCGGCGCCUCUUCGAGCAGAACGUGCAGCGCUCGCUGCGGGGGGGCUACGUGGGGGCCACUUACUUCGAGCGGUGCCUCAAGUGACCCCCCCCGCCCCCCCCUAUUUAUUGUCCCCCCACCCCC